GAGGGAGGGGAGGCGGGAAACAUCCUGGUGGGUGCUGGGUCGUGCUGCUCCCUCCGUUCGUCUGUAGAUAGGUUCCGAAAUGGCGGUGCAACCGAAGGAAACGCUGCAGUUGGAAAGCGCGGCCGAGGUCGGCUUCGUGCGCUUCUUCCAGAGCAUGCCAGAGAAGCCGACCACCACCGUGCGCCUCUUCGACCGGGGCGACUUCUACACGGCUCACGGCGAGGACGCGCUGCUGGCCGCCCGAGAGGUGUUCAAGACCCAGGGGGUGAUCAAGUACUUGGGUCCUGCAGGAGCAAAGACUCUGCAGAGUGUUGUGCUUAGUAAAAUGAAUUUUGAAUCUUUUGUAAAAGAUCUUCUUCUUGUUCGUCAGUAUAGAGUUGAAGUUUAUAAAAACAGAGCUGGAAAUAAGGCAUCCAAGGAGAAUGAUUGGUAUUUGGCAUUUAAGGCUUCUCCUGGCAAUCUUUCUCAGUUUGAAGACAUUCUGUUUGGUAACAAUGAUAUGUCAGCUUCCAUUGGUGUUGUGGGCGUUAAAAUGUCCACAGUUGAUGGUCAAAGACAGGUUGGAGUUGGGUAUGUUGAUACCAUACAGAGGAAGCUAGGACUGUGUGAAUUCCCUGAUAAUGAUCAGUUUUCCAAUCUGGAGGCUCUCCUGAUUCAGAUUGGACCAAAGGAAUGUAUUUUACCAGGAGGAGAGACUGCUGGAGAUAUGGGGAAACUGAGGCAGGUUAUUCAGAGAGGAGGAAUUCUGAUCACAGAAAGAAAAAGAACUGACUUUUCCACAAAAGACAUUUAUCAGGAUCUAAAUCGGUUGUUGAAAGGCAAAAAGGGAGAACAGAUGAACAGUGCUGUCUUGCCAGAAAUGGAGAAUCAGGUUGCAGUUUCAUCAUUGUCUGCGAUAAUUAAGUUUUUAGAACUCUUAUCAGAUGAUUCAAAUUUUGGACAGUUUGAACUGACUACUUUUGACUUCAGCCAGUACAUGAAACUGGAUAUUGCAGCAGUGAGAGCUCUUAACCUUUUCCAGGGUUCUGUUGAAGAUACUUCUGGCUCUCAGUCUCUGGCUGCAUUGCUGAAUAAAUGCAAAACUCCUCAAGGACAAAGACUGGUUAACCAGUGGAUUAAGCAGCCUCUCAUGGAUAAGAAGAGAAUAGAAGAAAGAUUAAAUUUAGUGGAAGCUUUUGUAGAAGAUGCAGAAUUGAGACAAAGUUUACAAGAAGAUUUACUUCGCCGAUUCCCAGAUCUUAACCGACUUGCCAAGAAAUUUCAAAGACAAGCAGCAAACCUUCAAGAUUGUUACCGACUCUAUCAGGGCAUAAACCAACUCCCUAAUGUUAUACAGGCUCUGGAAAAAUACGAAGGAAAACACCAGGUGUUGUUGUUGGCAGUUUUUGUGACUCCUCUUAUUGAUCUUCGGUCUGAUUUCUCCAAGUUUCAGGAAAUGAUCGAAACAACUUUAGAUAUGGAUCAGGUGGAAAACCAUGAAUUCCUUGUAAAACCUUCAUUUGAUCCUAAUCUGAGUGAAUUAAGAGAAGUAAUGGAUGACUUGGAAAAGAAGAUGCAGUCCACAUUAAUAAGUGCAGCCCGAGAUCUUGGAUUGGACCCUGGCAAACAGAUUAAAUUGGAUUCCAGUGCACAGUUUGGAUACUACUUUCGUGUAACCUGUAAGGAAGAAAAGGUCCUUCGUAAUAAUAAAAACUUUAGUACAGUAGAUAUCCAGAAGAAUGGUGUUAAAUUUACUAACAGUAAGUUGUCUUCUUUAAAUGAAGAAUAUACUAAAAAUAAAGCUGAAUACGAAGAGGCCCAGGAUGCCAUUGUCAAAGAAAUUGUCAAUAUUUCUUCAGGCUAUGUAGAGCCAAUGCAGACACUAAAUGAUGUGUUAGCUCAGCUAGAUGCUGUUGUCAGCUUUGCUCAUGUGUCAAAUGGAGCACCUGUUCCAUAUGUACGACCAGUCAUUUUGGAGAAAGGACAAGGAAGAAUUAUAUUGAAAGCAUCCAGACAUGCUUGUGUUGAAAUUCAAGAUGAAGUUGCAUUUAUUCCUAAUGAUGUACACUUUGAAAAAGAUAAACAGAUGUUCCACAUCAUUACUGGUCCCAAUAUGGGAGGUAAAUCAACAUAUAUUCGCCAAACUGGGGUGAUAGUACUCAUGGCCCAAAUUGGAUGUUUUGUACCGUGUGAAUCAGCAGAAGUAUCCAUUGUGGACUGCAUCUUGGCUCGGGUGGGGGCUGGUGACAGUCAGUUAAAAGGAGUCUCCACAUUCAUGGCUGAAAUGCUGGAAACUGCUUCUAUCCUCAGGUCUGCAACCAAAGAUUCUUUAAUAAUCAUAGAUGAAUUGGGAAGAGGAACCUCUACCUAUGAUGGAUUUGGACUAGCGUGGGCUAUAUCCGAUUACAUUGCAACAAAGAUUGGUGCUUUUUGCAUGUUUGCAACUCAUUUUCAUGAACUUACUGCCUUAGCCAAACAGAUUCCCACUGUUAAUAACCUACAUGUCACAGCAUUAACCACUGAAGAGACCUUAACUAUGCUUUAUCAGGUGAAGAAAGGUGCUUGUGAUCAGAGUUUUGGGAUUCACGUUGCAGAGCUUGCUAAUUUCCCUAGGCAUGUAAUAGAAUGUGCCAAACAAAAAGCCCUGGAACUCGAAGAGUUUCAGAAUAUUGGAGUCUCACAAGGAGGUGAUGAAACAGAACCAGCGGCAAAGAAGUGCUAUCUGGAAAGAGAGCUUUUGGCGGACACAACAUCUUUGUUUGUAUGUGGUGCUGAGGAUCGAACCCGGGCCGCACGCAUGCCAGGCGAGCGCGCUACCACUUGAGCCACAUCCCCAGCCCAGCAGUAAAUUUUUAUAGACACAAAAUAAAAGAAUCUUAAUUGAUGCACUGCCUAGUCCUGUAACAUUUAUUGCAGCAUUUAUUAUGACAACUUUUUACUUGGCAUUAUUUUAACUUUUACCCAGUGAGUUUUUUGUUGUUGUUGAUUUUUUUUUUUUUCUUCUUACUUGAAGGAUAGAUGGUUGCUACAAUAUCAAACUUACUUGCUUUUGGUGAUCUGGGAUUGGAAAAGUUCUUAUAUGGAAUCGUUGGUUUCCAAGUAGAACAAAAGUCGUAUGCUUUUGAUAUUAUAAUAUAUCCAAAAGUUUUAAAGCUUUAUGCUAAAUUGCUGGGGCUUUGAGCUCAUGAUCCUCCUGCCUCAGCCUACUAAGCCACUGGGAUUACAGGCAUGUGCUGCUGCACCCAGCUACCAUUUACUUUUAAGAUACUUAUUACCAAUCAACUCCCUGGUGUGAAAGCAUCCUAUUUACUUCUGCUUUAUGUGCAGUAAUAUACAUUUAUAUAGUACAUGCUUUGUCAGGACUGUUCUAAACAACUUACACAUAUUAACUCUUUUUAAUUCUCAUAACAGAUGUAUGAGGUUGGUAAUAUUAAUAUCCCCAUUUUAUAGGUGAGGAAUGGAAUGUGAGCUUAUGUCCAAGGGUCACAUAGCAAAUAAUAACCACAGCAAAAACUGUAAAUAAAACAGAAGCAUUGUGUGCUUGUGUGUGAGAGAGAAUUUUGGUUACUAUUUGCCUUAACAAUAAACCUUGAAUUCUUUUUUUCCCCAGAAGAUUGUUUAUAUAUGAAUUAUAAAAGCAGAGGGACUUGAGAACUACUAAAAAUUCCAAUUCCUUUGUUAUCAGCAGCUGAAAAAAAAUUAAUAAAUGUAUUUUUAAAGAUUUUAUUAUGUAUCCUAGACAUUGCAUACAUACUAAUAAAAAUGUUCUUUAAAUGUAGGUAGUAUAUUUACAUUGAAAUUUUUUAAAAACAAUUUAUUGCUAACUAAUGUGACUUAGAAAAGACAUCUUAAUGACUGUUGGG